AUGGGUCCGAUGGGUAGCCCCAAGACUGGCAUGCAACAAGGAGGACAUGGAGGAGGAGGAGGAGGAGGAGGAAUGGGAGGAAUUGGAGGUGGAGGAGUAGGGACCAGAGCUGGCGAGCCCUACCGCCUGGCCACUCACGACACUCCUACUACCCCCCGACAUAUGCAGUCAAGCCAGGGGCCCGGCAUGGGGCAUGGCCCAGGGUCUGGCCACGGGAUGGGUCACAGCCCAGCUGCGUCCGGCAUGACAGGCCACGGAGGUCACCCAAGUCCUGGUCAGCACGCCUCCCGUCGAAACCUCCAAGUCGACUUCAGCGGUUCGGGCGGCCCCAGGACAGGCCGGUCUUCCUCUGUGUCUCCUGACCGUGGCGUGACGCCCACCUCGCCCUAUUCGGUGCCGCAGAUCGCACCAAUGCCAAGCAGCAAACUGUGCCCUGUGUGCACCUCCACAGAGCUGUCCAACCCACCGGCUUUACCCAACUACAACACCUGCACCCAGUGUAAGGCCACCGUCUGUAACCAGUGUGGAUUCAACCCCAACCCGCACCUCACUGAGGUCCAGGAGUGGCUGUGUCUGAAUUGUCAGAUGCAGAGGGCUCUUGGCAUUGAUAUGACCACACCUCGCUCUAAGAGCCAACAGCAGAUUCACUCUCCGUCCCACCAAGCCAAACCCAUCGUCCAGCCUCAGCAGCCUGCACCUCAGCCAAUACAGCCGGCAACAGCAGCACAGCCCAAACCUUUGGCACAGAGUCAGCCCACCCAGCGGCAGCAGCAGCAACAGCAACAGCAACAGCAACAGCAACAGCAACAGCAACAGCAACAGCAGCCUCAGUCUCAGCCUCCCCACCCUGGAGCUGUGCCUCUUCCUGGCAUGACCAAGGCUCCAUCCCAGCCCGAUUUGGGUCGCGGUUCUCCAAUGCAUCAGUCUAUGGCGCGUACCCAUGACCAGACCAGAAGCGCCGGUUCCUCCCCUGCCCACAGACCUCAGAGUCAGGCCCCCCCGCCUGCCCAGGAUGGCCUGACCAAACUGUUUGGCUUUGGGGCAUCGCUGCUCAAUCAGGCGAGUACCCUCAUCAAUGUUGACCCUCUAACCACCGCCUCCACCCAGCCAAGCCCUGCACGAGGCAAGGUGGUAUUCAGUAAUACAACUCCUGACAACAAGCAACAGCAAGGGGCCCCUGCUACCAAAUCAUUCAGUAUGGGGGGCCCUCAUGUGCCGGGUCAAAUGGGUGGCCCUCAUGCACCAAGUCAAAUGGGGGGUCCUCAUGCACCGAGCCAAAUGGGUGGCCCUCAUGCGCCGAGCCAGAUGGGUGGCCCUCAUGCGCCGAAUCAAAUGGGUGGCCCUCAUGCGCCGAUUCAAGUGGGGGGUCCUCAUGCGCCAAGCCAAAUGGGGGGUUCUCAUGCGCCGAGCCAAAUGGGGGGUCCAAAUGCCCCGAGCCAAAUGGGUGGUCCUCAUGCACCGAGCCAAAUGGGGGGUCCUCAUGCACCGAGCCAAAUGGGGGGUUCUCAUGCACCGAGCCAUAUGGGAGGCUCUUAUCCACCGAGCCAAAUGGGAGGUCCCCGGAUGGGUGGACUGACCCAGAAGCAGCAGACCAUGCCCCAUCAACAAGGAAUGCCACAACAGCAGUCGCCUGCACAUCAUCAAAAAGGGCCACAAGGACAACCACAUCAGCAAAUACCUGCUCAUCUGCAGAAAGCGCCACAAAAGCAGGAGCCUGUGGCAGCCCCUGUGCCUGCUCCAGAGCCUGUGAAGCCUAAAGUGAACUGUCCCCUUUGUAAAACGGAGCUGAACAUCGGCAGCUCCGACCCGCCCAACUACAACUCCUGUACGCAGUGUCACAGCCAAGUGUGUAACCUGUGUGGCUUCAACCCCACGCCACAUCUGGUGGAGAAAAAGGAGUGGUUAUGUCUCAACUGCCAGACCCAGCGGCUGUUGUCCGGAGGAGGUCUCGACGAACCUCCACUUCCUGUUCCUCACCCGUCUCCCAAGCACCAGCCAAUGGGCUCGCCCCGUCACCAGGCGCCAGCCAGUCAACAAAGUCCUUUCCACAAGCCCACCAAUCAGCAGGUGCUCAGGCCAGCCCAGGCGCAGAAAGCGCAGAUGGGAAGUGCUGUUAGCGGACCGUUUGCACCCGCUGCUGCCAAACACCCAACCGACACCAAGACCACGACACCAGUAUCAACCACAGAGACCCAGAAACAUCAGAAACCCACAGAGGAGAAGCCCAAAACCGAGCCUGAGAACCAAACUGCCAAAGACACCAAACCCUCCCAGAAGAAAGGAGAACAGAUCACACCAAUCAAGGAAAUGAAGAAGUCCCGGCACUAUGACGAUACAAAAAACAACAGCACCCAUGACUUGUCACGCAGCCCUCAGAGCCUCAGUGACACCGGCUACUCUUCUGAUGGCAUCUCCAGCUCCCACAGUGAAAUCACAGGUCUAAUCCAAGAAGAGGAGAUGAAGCUGAGUGAGAGGGGGAUCAGUGGACGGGGCUCCCCACCAAGCCCUUCUGAAAUCACCAAGCUAGAAAGCUCCAUGAGGCCAUUGCUGGAGAAGAGCCUUUCUGAAGACAAGGGGGACAGAAGAGGGAGAAAGCACAGAGACUUGGAUGAUCGAGGGAAGCAGCGCCCUCGCUCCCUGUCAAUCCCACCAGAUUCAUUCGACUCUGACGAGGAACUAGAAGAUAUACUAGAGGAGGAAGAAGAUGGAGGAGACUGGGAUGGUAAACGGUCGGAAGGCAAGGAGGAGAAGAAGGAGAAAAAAAAGAAGGAAAAAGAUGCUGAGCCCCCAGAGAUGACUGAUGAAGAGUUCAUGAGGAGACAAAUAAUGGAGAUGAGCGCUGAUGAAGAAAAUGAGGAGGACGAGAUGGAGGAAGAUGAAGAUGAAGAUGAGGAAGAUGAAGGAUAUGGCUACCAGAAACCCAAGAAAAGCCAGCAUAAACACAUCUCUGACUCGGGGAAAGAAAAAAGACGUCUUCAGCACCACUCCAGCAGUUUUGAGGAGGAAACUAAGAGCUCUUCCGAUGUUUAUAAAGGCUCAAUGGAGGAGGGUGAAGAAGAUUUGAUGGCACAAGGAGGCUUGAGGCGCUUCAAAACCAUUGAACUUAAUAACACCAGCAGCUACAAUCGAGACAUGGAGCUGGGCAAUGAAAAUGACUUAAGCCUUGAUCGGGAACCAGAGCUGGAGAUGGAGAGCCUGACAGGAUCUCCUGAAGAGCGUUCUCGGGGUGAUUACUCCUCAACACUGCCAGCUACUUCAUCCUCAUAUGGCUCAGGCCAGUCUCCUACUUCCAUAUCAUCAAUGGAGGAGGACAGUGACAGUAGCCCCAGCAGGAGGCAAAGGCUGGAAGAGGCCAAGCAGCAGAGGAAAGCACGCCACCGCUCCCAUGGCCCGCUCCUUCCUACCAUUGAGGACUCUUCAGAAGAGGAUGAGCUGAGAGAGGAAGAAGAACUUCUGAGAGAGCAGGAGAAGAUGAGGGAGGUGGAACAACAAAGAAUAAGGAGCACAGCACGAAAGACCAAGAGGGAUAAGGAGGAGCUGCGGGCUCAGAGGCGCAGAGAGAGAUCCAAGACACCACCUAGCAAUCUCUCACCCAUUGAAGACGCUUCUCCAACAGAAGAGCUGAGACAAGCUGCAGAAAUGGAAGAGCUCCAUCGUUCUUCUGCUUCUGAAUAUUCCCCUCAGAGUCUGGACUCAGAAGCUGAGGGAUACGAGUCCAAACUUUACAAGUCAGGCAGCGAAUACAACCUGCCUACCUUUAUGUCUCUCUACUCACCAAUAGAGAAAUCAUCAACUACAACAACCACCACAGCACCAUCUUCAACUUCUAAACCGCUAAAGAGUGCUGAGGAGGUUUAUGAGGAGAUGAUGAGGAAGGCAGAGGUGCUUCAGAAACAACAGAAGCAACAGCAGCAGCAAGGAAGACAUGGGCAGUACUACGAGGAGGAUGUUAAUGGUCAAGGUUAUGAUGAAGAGUAUGAAUAUGAACAAGAGCAAGCCGGAUAUGACAACGAGGCAGCAGAGACAGAAACAGAUAUUUAUGAGGAGAUCCGACAAACAUCUCAGAACAUUACCAAGAUGCAGCAGGCCACUGAUGAGCAAGUAGAGAUCGAGAUUGAGAGCUCCUACCCAGACAAACAGCUCCUAGACACAGGCUCAGCCUUUGCCAAGUUACUGGAGCAAAGCAAUGCUCUACUAACUCCAGGGACCAGCCCCACCCAGAUCUCAGCUCCUGUCUCCUUUGCUGAGACUGGAGGACGGAUUCCUGAUGUCCGAGUAACACAGCACUUCUCUGCAAAGGAUGGACACAAAGACAGGAUCAAAAGCCAAGCAGGAAAGAAUGGAAUAACUCCAGCAGUGGCUGCCACCACUAUCGCAGCUUAUGGAGUUUAUGCCAGAGAUGCAGUAACUAUUUCUCAGACUAGUACAAGCCCCACUAUGACGACUACUCAGUCUGGUAUGUAUGGCCGACACACAGCAAGUCCUGCCACAUCUUCAACUACAGUCUCAAGUGUAUGCAGCAAGAUUGCAGAGAUUACCCAGGCAUACAGUCAAAGAGAAGUGAUCACCAGAAGGGUAGGGGAAACCAGGGAUGUCCAAGUGCGAGACAGCUCUACAUCUUCCAUUGAGAGAAUUAUUGAGCCACGUUCUCCCAAGUAUACUACUUAUUACAGGAGCACCAGUCCUCCUCUUUCUCCAUCACCACCACCACAGAGUCCUACACGUUCACCUUCCAGAAGGAAUACAGCUGAAUUCUCGACACAGACUUUCAGUUCAGCAUUACGAAGAACAGAGUCAGCUGGCUCUGGGCCUACAUCUCCAGUGACUGCUCAGGGAACCCAAACAUCACAUCGAUCAGUUUCCCCACGGCUCUAUCGUCAGCAGUCUUCCCAGGAUACCCCAUACUCACCACCUCCAAGCCCAGCUAGGCCAAUGACAGUCAACACUGCUACUUCACCCCUGUCUUCACCUACCCGGUUUAGCCGCCAAUCAACAUUUGAAAAUUACUCCCCAUGUGGCAGCCCUCCAGACACGCCACCUUACCACCAGUCUCCUACGCGUAGCUUCUACCGAACGCAAAGAGCGGAGAAAGUAAAUGUGGGAACAAGUAUGAUCACUACAGCCAGCACUUACACCAGAGGGUCCAUGUCAAUGGACAACAUCUCCCUUUGUCGAAUAUCUACAGUGCCAGGCACUUCUAGGGUAGAGCAGGGCCGUAUGAUCCAAGGUGGAAGUGUUGUGGACCUCAGAACAGUGACCAAACCAGCUCCUAUUAUCAUGACUGACCAGGGAAUGGAUCUCACUUCCUUGGCCACUGAAAGCAGGAAAUACCACGGUGUAUCAGAGGGUAGCAGGCAUUCAACUAUUGUACAGCCACUGAUUAUGAACCUGAACACCCAGGAGAUCAUCACGCCAACCACUGUGAGUGUCACUGUGGCUGCGUCCAUGUUUAUGACUCAGCCCCAACAGCCAACAGUCUAUGGUGAUCCACAUCACAACCAAGUGGAUCUGGGUCAGGGCAUGGGUUCUGCUGUGUGUCUUUCCCAGAACAAACCACCAAUCUCCACUUCAAAUGACCCAACAAUACCAAAAAUUGAUGCCAAACUGGAAGACCUUAGUAUCCAACAGAGAGAGCUACAAAUACAGCAAGAGAAGCUGCAGAAGCAACAACAGCUCCUUGAACAUCAGUUGCAUCACCACCAUCAGAUGCAACAUCAGCAGCAACAGGCAUCUGCUUUGGCAAGGUACAGCCUUACUGGCCAGAUCUCACCUUUACUGAAAAAAGACUUGCUAGUCAGUCAAACUAGCGCUGCCUCAGCUGUGGUCAGUGCUGUUUCACCAAUCAUUAACCCUGAGCUGUAUGGCACUGGUCCUGUUGAGCUGAAAGGGAAGCCUAGCCCUACUGGUAUGAUAUCAGGAGGUAAAUCACCACAUAGCAUGGUAGUACAGAUGGAUGUAGGGCCAGAGCAGGCCAGGGCAGUGACUCAGCUAGUGAAGGUAGAAGAAGGACAGGAUGCUAUGGAUUUGACAGAAGGCCAAAUUAAACCUGAUAACCAACCAGCUUGCUGUGACGUUGUUUACCGACUUCCAUUUGGUGGAAGCUGUGUUGGUGCUGAGACAGAGGGCAUAAGGCCUCCAUCUGCCCCACCUCUCACCUAUGAGUCUGACCAAGAAAGACAAUCCGGAGGGUACCAUGAAUAUGCAAUGGAUGAACGUAAAGCCUACACAUUACCUUUCCCUGGUAGGCUCCAGCCUUCGAUGUCUGAUACAAACCUAGCGGAAGCUGGGCUACAAUCCUACCAUUCUAAACUAGAACCACAACUCCAAGCCUCAGGAGAACUUGCCAUGGAUCUUACUGCUAUGAAACAAGGUUAUGGAGGUUAUAUAGGGAUGCAGUAUGGCUCCUAUACAGAUUUACGGCAUGGAGGAGACAUCACAGCCCAAGCAAUGCCUAUAAGGAGAUAUAAUUCCUUGUCUAACAUCAGUUCAGACUAUGGCUACUCUGCUCGUGACAUUGCUGGCUUCCAAGAAGCUAACUUGGCUCAGUACAGUGCUACAACUGCCAGAGAGAUUAGCCGGAUGUGUGCAGCACUCAAUACCAUAGAUCGAUAUGGAAGCAACCCAGACUUGAUGCAGUUUGGUGGUUUAGGGAGAGGAACCGGGCCUGGGGCCGCCAGGCUUGCAGCAGGACUCGGCUUGAGGCAAAACCUUCUCUUUGGACUAGAUGGGAAGCCAAUCUCCCACAGUCAAGCGCUAACCAACCUUAUCAAUGCCAGGCAGGCUAGUCUCAGGGCCAUGUACCCUGCAGCUAUUAGGUCCUCUGAUGGGAUGAUCUACUCCACCAUUCAGACCCCCAUUGCUUCUACUCUUCCAAUCACAACUCAGCCUGCCUCUGUUCUUCGCCCAAUACUGAGGGGGGUCUACAGGCCAUACCCCUCUGCCAACAUGACACCUGUGCCCCUAUCCAGUCUUAGUAGACUACCAAUGAGCCCCAGAGUACCUUUAACUGGACAAGCUCCAGUCCGUUACCCAGCACCAGGUCUUCUCCAAACAACAUCAACCAAUGCCACUACUGCUGGUGCUGCAACAACUUUGGCACCAGUAGGUAUUCCAUUGUCUGUUUCCAUGAGUCCUACAUUCCAGGAUGAACCGGUUUACCUCGGUAAAGGUGCAUCCUCAUCAACAGAGGUCACCUCAGUACAAGGAGUUGUCAUACCAAUGGAGCCACAGCAGCAGCCAAUAAACCUUUCCCAGGCCCACCUGAACAGUCAACAACAGCAACAAGUUGCAACUGCUCAGCAAUCACAACAGCUUCCCUCAGCAGCCUAUGUCUACCCGCCUUCAGCUCCUUCACACACUCUUGGCUACACACAACCUCCAGCCGGCCCCUCUGCCCCAACUGGUGGUUUACCAAUUGCAGGGGGUCUUCCUCCCUUCCCCCCACCAGGUGCCAUACACAAGGAGGGUGAAACCGAGGCAGAGAGGCUGCAUCGGCAGCAGGAACAGCUUCUGCAGAUGGAGAGGGAACGUGUGGAGCUGGAGAAAUUCCGGCAACUGCGUCUACAGGAUGAACUGGACCGAGAAAGAAUAGAGCUGAAGCUGCACAGGGAGAAGGAGCAAAUGCUGGUGCAGAGAGAGUUACAUGAGCUGCAGAACAUCAAGGACCAGGUUCUACAGCAGCAGCAACAGGAACGCGAGAAACAACUUGUUCUCCAGAGGGAGCAGUUGGCCCAACAGAAGUCCCAGCUAGACCAGAUCCAGUCUUUACAGCAGCAGCUCCAGCAUCAGCUUGUAGAGCAGAAGAGACAGAAAACAGCUGCAGCUCAGAGCAUACAGCUGGAUGUGAACGGACAGCCCUUGCCCUCCUACACCGACUCUCAGAUGGGCUACCGUUCGCUCCCCAACUCCUCGUCAGAGAUGUGUCUAAGGAGCCAGCAGGAACACAUGGAGACCAGGAGCAACAUGAGGAAACACAGCUCCAUGACCAGGCUGACCAGGGACAGCUUGGACGGAGACGGCGUGGUAUUUUACGGCUCCUCCCGCAGGAACGUGGACAGCUGUGUGCAGACAGAUGAUGAAGAUGGAGAGGAGAGGUACAUGAUGCGUCAUCGCACCAGAAGGCGUGGUCGCAGUGUUGACUGCUCUGUCCAGACAGAUGACGACGAGGACAAGGCUGAGACGGAGCAGCCAGUCCGCCGGAGACGUUCUCGUUUCUCCCGGCACACUGAGUCCAAUGCCACUGGCAACAGCACUUCCGCCACAUCCACAACAGCCACUGAUACCAAGACCGACACUCACAAAACGGUGUCCUCCAGUAUUGCCAUCCAGACCAUCAGGGAAAUGUCUUGCCAGACGGAAGUGGAGCACCUAGGAAGAGUCUCCCCAGCAAUCCAUGUGACAGUACCAGACCCAAAUAAGGUAGAGAUUGUGCACUACAUUUCCGGACCUGAGCGGACCAUAAAAGGACAGUCUUUAGCCUGUCAGACUGACCCGGAAGCCCAGUCACAGGGUGUUGUAGCACCCCAGCUCAGUGUACCAACAACGGUCAGUCCAUAUUCUUCCUCUACCAGUACCGGAACGCAGCAAUCCAGUUCUGUCGACCUCCUGACCCAGCAGCGCCAGCAGCAGCACAUUGCAGCAAACGCAGCCAAGUUUGAGCGACGCCGCCCCGACCCGCUUGACAUCAACUACCAGCCUCACAACCACAUCCACAACGAGUCCAUCUCCAGCAUCAUCCGGCAGCAGCAGACGGUCCCCAAAUCCCCACAAGUCCUCUACUCUCCUGUCUCCCCGGUGUCCCCACACCGCCUGCUGGAGAAUUCUCUGUCCACUGAGAGGCUGAACAAGGCCCACGUCACACCUCAGCAGAAGUCCUACACAGCCGAGUCCCCGCAGAGACACCCCUCUGUGCCCCGACCCAUCAAGAGCACCCAGAGGUCCAUGUCAGACCCCAAGUCCCUUAGCCCAACCACAGACGAGCACACCAAGGCCAGGCUGUCCCUCUACCAGCAACAAGUACUCCAGAGCCAGCUGGCAGCCCUACAGCAGAGCUCACUGCUCCGUAAGGUCAAGCGAACCCUGCCCAGCCCUCCUCCGGACGAGACUACAACAUCAGCUCACCUGCCCAUGAUGGCACCUGCCCUCCAACAGGUCUACCUGCCCUCCGUGCCCAGCCUCAAGCCCGCCUCCAGGUCUGGCCUGGCUGCCAAAGCCAGCCUCCUCAAAGACCUCACCCACGAGCUGAAAGCCGUGGAGCAAGAGUCGACCAAGCUGAGAAAGCAGCAAGCUGAACUGGAGGAGGAAGAGAAAGAAAUUGACGCUAAACUGAGAUACCUCGAGCUGGGGAUCCACCAAAGGAAAGAAACACUGGUCAAGGAGAGGGAGAGGAGGGAUAUUGCCUACCUGAGAUGUAUGGGGGACAGUAGGGACUAUAUGUCUGACAGUGAGUUGAAUAACCUACGUUUUGCAGCUGCAGCUGCAUCACAUGAGACCAAUGGGCUUCUGUCAGCCAGGCCUAGCACUGCCCCUCUGAGUCAGUUCACAAGUGACCUGAACACAGCAGCCCAGUACCCACCCACCUCAUCCUUCCUAUCCUGUCAGUACCCCCAGAGCCAACCGGCAGCACCAAUUCAGCAAUCAAGUGUGCCGUACCAGUCAUCGACAUUCAACCAGCCUCCCUAUCCAACAGUGUCUCAGUCCCAGGCACUGCCACAGCCCACACCCCUCCAGAGUCAUGUCCCUCCUCCAGGACCAUCUUACCAGUCUCAACCCUCCUACCCUUCCCAUACCUAUCCCCCAACUCAGCCCCCAUAUCCCCAGACAGACAUUGGGUUACCAGCUGCACCGCAGCCUCAACCCCAGCCAGGGCAUACAGGUUUCGGGCCUGCACCACCCGGUCAGCCCCCAUACCCCACCCACAGCUCACCCUAUCCUAGUGCUGUGUCCUCCUACCCCAGCCAAACCACCCCAUACCCUGGGCAGCCCCAAGUUGAUAUCCUGACAGUCCACCCGGGAAGACCAAGGCAGACUUCGCUGGCCGAUCUGGAGCACAAGAUGCCCACCAACUACGAAACGAUCAGCAACCCCACAGUCGUGGUCACCACCACAGCCCAGGAAGCUACCUAUUCCGGUGCAGCCCCCUCUUAUGGUCAGUACACUGGAUCAACAACCAUGGCCAGCACCUAUGGGCCUUAUGGCUCAGCACCAGUGUCCAGCAGCUAUGGUGGAUACUCUUCCAUGCCACCCAGCACUUAUGGCCCAUAUACUUCAACUUCAGCUAAUUCAUAUGGCCAGUACACCACAACCAAUGCUAAUACUUAUGGCUACACCACCACCACAGCCAGCUCUUACGGACAGUACACUUCUACAGUUUCCAAUGCCUAUGGGCACUCUGUAGACAGUCCCUCCACGUACAGCAAUGCAGAUGGGAUGUACGGGGCUCCUGGCUUAGAGCAGAACAUCCCAAGGAACUACAUGAUGAUUGACGACGUGAGCGAGCUGACGGCAAAAGAUGGGCUGGGCACGACGACAGGGGACAUGAUGCAUCAUGGUGGCAGUGGGCGCUACCCGGGCGACAUCCACGGCCACAGCAGCACCAUUGGCAGUACGACGCGUGGGGGAAGUGGCAGCUCCUCGUACGGCAGGACACCUGAAGAGGAAGCAGCGAUGCAGGAAGAGCUGUACGACCACCACGGCAGGGGUAAGAGCAGCUACAGGCACGGACCUCUAGGGGGCAGCAGCAGCAGCGUGAGCGCUAGCAUGGGUGGGGGAUCCUCCUAUUACUAUGACUACGACUACAAACAUGGCAUCCGCUCCGGGGUACAGAAACCUUCGUCGUCCUCCAGAAGCCUUCUGGCUCCUGCUGUCAUGUGCUCCAAGCGCAGCAAGCACAGGAAACUGGGGAGUAUGGAGCAAAAAAUCUCCAAGUUUUCCCCAAUUGAAGAGGCUCGGGAUGUGGAGGCAGACCUGGCCUCCUAUUCCUCAGCGACAGGUGAGGCUUACCCCUCCUCUCACAUUCGAGGGCGCCAGCUGAUCGAGGAUUACGGUUUCAAGAGGAACGCUCAAGAGGGCAGCAGUGGCAGUGGCACCACUCAUGGUAGUCGAUACUAUGGUUCAACGGUGGAGGAGGACGAUCGGAUUUACUACACCUCCACCGGCCGCUCCCGUUCCACCGGCUACGGCAUGGACAAGAUCUCAGCCAGAGACUACUCCGGGUAUCGCAGCCGAUCCUAUGAGAGGGACGACCGCUCCUACCAAUCUGGCUACAGCCGGGGGCGCCGCCCAACCCGGCAGUACUCUGAAGAGGAGAGCCCACUCAGUCCCCUUGGGAGGUUCAUGGGUUCUGGGCGAUCAUCAAGCUUAGGUCCCGACCCGUACGACAGUCGCAGCAGUAGAUAUCAUUACUAUUAUGGCCAGUAUGGUUCCAGCCACUCGCUGCCAGACGUACAAGACCACAUACGGGACCUUCCUCGGACGCAUGUCUACAAAUCGGAUGAUACGUACAUUAUAGACGAUUAUCAUUGCGCUGUGUCAGACAGCGAAGCCUACCAUCUGGGACAAGAAGAAACUGACUGGUUUGAGAAGCCACGCGCCAGUUCUCGACACUACGGCAGCAGCCACUCAACUGGGAGGAGCCGGCACGGUGUGAAACACACCUACCAUGAUUAUGAUGAGCCUCCUGAGGAGGACCUGUGGCCCCAGGAUGAGUAUGGCCAUGGAGGGCGACACUCUACUUCCCGUGACCACCGUCAACAUGGUAGCUCUAGCCGACACUCAUCCGCAUCACGUCAUUCAGAUGAGCCGAGGUCCUCAAGGUCAUCUAAGGCACACCCCAAAGACCCGUCAAUGCGCCAAGACCCUUCACCACGAUCCUCAUCUACAGGAAGGCGUGGAGAGUCAAGGUCCGGAGGGUACCAAUCUGCGGACUACUCCCGAGAUCCGUCUGGCCACCACCACGGACAGCGCUCCUCCAGACAGGGGGAACCUCACCGUUCCUCUCGCAGCAAGUCCCAGCAGGCAGUGGACAUGCAGGGUCAACCAGGCUCCUCCAGGUCUGGCAGCAACUCGGCCCGGGCUCAGGGCCCUGCUGGUGGGCCUACGGGAUCAGGGCGCCAGGGUGGUCCAGGUUCCCAGACAGACGGAGCUCAACAGAGGACCCAGCUCCAACAGCAAGCCCAGACAUCAGCGGCCAGGCCCGGGCAGCCCGGUGCUGCAGCAACCAUGGGCCCCCAGCAACAGCCCCCAGCCCAGGGACAAGGCAUGGGUAUGGGCAUGGGCAUGGGCAUGGGGCAGGGCCAGACCAAGCCAGGGCAUAUGGGACCAGCAGGUGGACCCAUGGGCCAGGCCAGGCAGACAGGACCCACAGGAACCACGCCAGUCAACAUGGCCAAAAUCGACACGCCUCCAGUAACAGCAAUUGGAGCAAAGGCUGCGCCCGUCAUUGCCACAAAAGCUGCCCAGCCCCCACUCACAGGCAUAGGCUCCAAAGCAGCUCCUAGGCCAGGAGGUAUUGGCAGUGCAGCAGCAGGUCAGCCAGGCAUUGAUGGAGAAGGCAUGUUGUCCAAGAUCCUCCCUGGAUCUGCCGCUGAGCAGGCCGGCAAGCUGGGAGAAGCUAUCACCGGUUUGGGAAAGAAGUUCACCUCUUUCUUCUGAGGUGCUUAGAUUAAGGACUAUGUAAAUGUGAAAUGACGAAGUCACAAGGCCCCGUACCAGAAAAACCUGUGAAGUUCCCCCUGCUUUUGUUUUACUAAAAGAGAGAGAGAGGAAGGAGAGAGAGAGAGAGAGGGGAAUAGAGAGGAGAGCUGAGCAUACUGCCAACAAGGACUGGAAUCCUCUGGAUACAUCAUGUCUCAGGCCUGAGCACACACUGGCAGAGAGAACAUGCUGCUCUCUGGCAGGCCAGACAAUCAUGCCAAGCCAACAUCCAUUUUUAGAAGGACUAUGCUCCAUCCAGCGUCCCCAGCCAAAGAAUUAAUCCAACCUGUAGCAGUUUCUCCGCCCCUUUGUUACAAAAGCUGGCAACUGGCUGCCAAAAAUGACAGCAAAAUUUAAAUGUUCUUGCUGCUCUUUCUCCAUGCCAGUAGAGGGAGCUCUACCUAUCUACACAGCCAUCGGAGACGAGUAGAACCAAUGGAAGCUUUGUACCACCUCAGCCCUCCAUGUGGAUUUAUUACUGCAGCUUCAAUGGAUCGAAAUAAAAGGAUGGUGCAAUUCUACUCCAAUACGCUGACGACGUCACGGUUUAUAUGAGAGCUGCUUGUUCCUGCUUACAGGAAAUGUAGCUUUACAACAGGCAUGGUGACAUGCUAGGAUCCUUGGUUUCACAGUCCUGUGCUCAAACUAGGAAUAACAGUAACAAACCCACCUCUCUCCUCUUUUCUAUCUCUUCUUAAAGUAAAAAAAGAGCAGGGAAAAUGGAAUAAAACUUGCUGAUGUACUGCAGGUUUUUCUGGUACUAAAGACCUCUUGUUACGUCACCUAUUGGGAAGGAUAUUAAUGGAAAUGUCACGUUGAAUGAAAAAGACAAUGCUAACGACGUAGCUGACCCACAGAUCGUGUGUGUCGGCUUGCGUUACUUUCCACGGUUUGUUUCUAUCUACAUUCCAGAUUGGAACUGUUAAUACCUUUCGCUCCCUCUCUUCCUCACUUUUCUGCGUUUCUUGAAUGCUGAUUCGUCUUUAUUUCUAAUCCCCGCCCAACGAUCCUCAAUUUGCCAUGUCUUUAAAGAAGUGUCUAGUGGAUAAAAAAAAAAAAUAGGAAUUUGGAAUGCAUGGAACUUUAUAUCCAAGACCUUACACUGUUCAUCAUUACUUAACAGAGGCCAUAAAUACACUGGGAAACACAUCUUAGCUAGACGACGUAAACAAUAAAAAUGAAGAGAGAUUUCCGGAGCAUCACACAGGAAUUGGGCCACGGGAAUAAGAGGAGCCUUUUUCUUUUUCUUUUUAAGGAAAAAAAAUGGAUUGGUAUAUGGAGUGAAGCCGUAUGUGGUCGGGUUGUUUUUCAGCCAUUACAAAGCCAUUAAGACAACAUUUACCUGCAGUGCUUGUGGUGAUGGGGUUUCUCCAACUGCUCCACAACAUUUGGCUCUCAGAUAUUUCUCAUGUUGUUGGUGGUUAUCAUUUCUUGUGUUCUCUUCUCAUUUUUUCUAAUUUUGUUUUGUUAUUUGCCUGGUUUUUAUGUUGCAGGUUACCAAUAUCGCCUUAAUCAUUCUUAAAUAUUUUUAUUUUAAAGUAAAACUGGCAUAUUUUUUAUUAUACCCUGAGAACACAUUUUUUCAUCACACCCUUUUUUAUGUAGUUAUAUCAGCUGGAACACUGGCCACAGUGAGAUUAAUUUAUAUUUUUUAAAUUAACUUUGUUUUUGAUAAUUGUUUGUGAUAUAAUUUUUAUUUUAUUUAAGUUUUGUAAUGUUUUCAUCAUGCCCUCUGUGAAUUUUCUGACUCUUAUUUAUUAUCAAUACUUAUAAAAGCAAUAGAGUAAGAGGUAAGAAAGUAAAGAGCACAACAUUGUGUCAUUUUAAAAGUUGGUGGAGUAGAAACGCGGUGCCUCCAUCUGUCUUACUUAACACGGAUGUACUGCUUAAGUCUGACUUAACGUACCACCACCAACGUACUCCAAUAUUGUACUACUGCUGUACUAAUACAUCAGAGAGCAGGAGCUCACCUAUAAACACAAGUGUGGUACCACCCAGAUCUUCUCCAACAACCAACAGUGAGACGUCACGUCUUCACUCAGCCAGUCAGUGGAACGGAGUGACAUGCUGCUUGUGUUAGCCAGCUGGAGUCCGAUCUGAAAGCACUGCAGGGCAGCAGAGAGGCACUGAAAAGCAGACCAGUCACACAGCCCGGCAGAACUGGACUUUGUCACCUGCGGGGGUUUGGGUUUCAAUGUGAUUCUUCUGACCCUCCAAGAUGGAUGUUUAUUGGGGGCCCCGCCAAGCUCCUUUACACAUCAGUGUGUAUCAGCAUGUGUCUUCACUCUGUCAAAUGUGCACUGCACACGUGAAAGCACACUCGUAAAAUGGUGUGUAAAAGAAAGAAGAAAAAAAUAAAUCAGCACUCACGUGACUGAGUAACGGAAAAUAACUAACACACUUGGUUGUGUCACGAAGUCACUCGCCUUUUUUUAACUUUUCAUUUUCUAUCGUGGUGGCGUCCAGACCUGUAACCCAACCCCCGAAAACCUCUCUCUCAGACUGUCAGUUUUCAUGGAAACUUCUCAGGUCAGUGUUCUCCCUGCUGUUGCUCCUGCAGUGCAUUGUGGGAUCUGCGGUUCGGUACUUAAAACGCACUCUGUCGGGCCAAACAUUGCGAGGCCUUCAGCAAAACCAACCAACCAACUUCUGCUGUAUAUUGUCUGUGUGAACGCUCGCUGGGAACCUUUGCAUGCCGCCCAGCGCAGAGAACCUCAAAGUCACCUCUAUAUUGUUCUGUUCCUAAUGUUUGUACGUAUGUGUGUAUGGGGGUCUGUAUGUGUGUAUUUAACAAGCAUCAUCCAAUGUGGAAAAAGAAAAACAAGACAAACACGAGUUCAACCACAAAAAAAUAUGGUGGGCAGAAGAGGCGACCUCUCAUCUCCAGUCCUUCUAUGCAAUGAAUCAUAUUUGGAAAAACAGAAACAUGAGGAAGAAAAGGGAAGUGAAAAUACAUGAAUGGGAAAAUCACACGAUCAUUGUUUAUCACACCUGAGUUAUUCUGAUAUCGAGAUUUCUUUGCAUUCCUCAUAAAUCAAAAAUAAGGAGAUUUCGUGAAUUUGUUUGUGUGUAAUAUAGAUCUCUGGUAAGUUAGGAAAUAAUAAGAAGGGUCUUUGUAUUACUAGUGUUAACCUGGUCCCUGGUUCAGGUUCCCCGCUCCUCCCAAACAAGGGUCUCUCUCUAAAGAUGCGUUCAUGACAGCUGGGAAAUUACAUUUAGAGAUGAGAGGACGAGUAAGGAGAUGACAGUGUAAUGUAACAAUAAAAUGAUCCAUGAGUAGAAAUUCUUUAUUUGCCAUAAAAAAUAUAUUUCUACACACUCUAAUAAUAAAAAGAGUUCGGGUCACAAAAGAUGCUACACAAUAAGCAAAAUGGUAUUUGCUGUUCUGAAUACAACACAAGAGAAGUAUUUCCCCCCAAAAAAGGAGGAAAUAAAACCAUUUUUAAUGAGCAGUUAGCAGCACUGAAAGAUCCCAGUUGUCCUGAAAGCAUCAGAAACAGCUGCCGGCCAUCUUGUUUUGUUUUGCUUCAAGCAGGGUUAAGGGUUAACUAAGUAUACAGAAAGGUCGUCCAGAGAUUUAUAUAGACAAAAGUAAAGAUUUUAAUAAAUAUAUAUCUAACGAUUUCAAUACAUUCCCUAAUAUGGUUUGUAUCCGCUCAGGGGUGAAGAAGAAAAGCUCCUCUUUAUUUUAUUUUAUUUAUUUAUUUUAAUGACCAAGGCCCAAAAUUCCUAGUGAUCAGCUAGUAAUGUGCACUUGUUGUUUAAAAGACAGAGAAAGUAUUUAAAGAAUAUUUAAGUGAAACACAAAGCCAGU